CGUUUACAGCACUCUCUCAAGUUUUCUCUCUCUAAAAUCUGUAGGGUUUGAACGGCCGGGCGGGCGCACACUCGCCCAUACACUCAUAAUCCACGCUAUAAAAGUAACGUCUGAUUUGUAUCAAACGGAUUAUAAGUCUCCAACUUCUUAUCUCAGACUCGUCUUUUCUUCUGAAAAAAUGGCAAGCUGUUUUCAGGGUUGGGUGGUUUUGUUGGCUAUGGUAGUAUUGGCAUUAAGAUCGCCAUGCUCACAUGCUCUUAGGAUUGUCAAAACUAAGACAAGAACUAGUGUUUUUGUCUCCCCUAAGUUUGUGUUGGGACCUGGAUCAGUUGCAGACAAGUAUUACUACGACAUCGACUUCCCGAGAGGUCAUAUUGCAAUCAAGAGCUUCACUGCUGAAGUAAUUGACGAGGAAGGGAAUCCGAUUCCCCUUCACGAAACUUAUCUCCAUCAUUGGGUUGUCGAGGGGUAUUAUGGCCGCGUAGGUUCCGUGGAGCCGGAGGGGACCCGUGCUGAGGAGCUUCAAAGGUCGGAUUUUAUUUUUGUGAGAAACAGUGGAGUGUGCCAGAGGACUCUCGGACAGUACUUUGGACUUGGGUCCGAAACACGGAAAACAGAUACACAUGUUCCGGAUCCUUUUGGAAUUGAAGUUGGGAAUCCAGCAGUGACUCCUGCUGGCUAUGAGGAGAGAUGGAUGCUCAAUGUGCAUGCGAUUGACACACGGGGAGCGGAGAAUGGGUUGGGAUGCACCGAGUGCAGGUGUGAUCUUUAUAAUGUGUCAACGGAUUCUCGAGGCCGGCCUUUGAGGCCAGGGUACAUAGGAGGUUUGUUUUGUUGUUAUGAUGGUGUACAGUGCAGGGUAAAACAAGGCUUUAAUGGUGUCAGGAGAAACCUCUACUUAAGAUAUACUGUGAAGUGGGUUGAUUGGUCUGAUUCGAUCGUGCCUGUCAAGAUUUAUAUCUUUGAUGUCACUGAUAAAAUGAAUCAUUCAGCCGGACAUGCUAUUGAACAUGAGUGCCGGGUUGAAUAUAAUGUCGAAGAGUCUUGCAGUGCGACCAGUGAUGGGUGCUUUGACAGCCAAUCGUCAUUGGCUACUAUGACGACUGGUGGUUAUGUCGUCUAUGGUGUAGCUCAUCAGCACACGGGGGGGAUCGGUUCAACUCUAUAUGGAGAGGACGGACGGGUUCUGUGUUCGUCAAUACCAAUUUAUGGAAAAGGGAAGGAAGCUGGAGAUGAGGCUGGUUAUAUUGUAGGAAUGUCCAGUUGUUAUCCUCGACCGGGCUCAAUCAGAAUAAACGAUGGCGAGACUCUGACUCUAGUAUCUAAUUACAGCAGCACUCAGACGCACACCGGAGUUAUGGGUCUCUUCUACAUUUUGGUUGCUGACUACCUUCCAACUUCCUCUGUGCUUAGCUUCGACACUGCACUUUGAGCGAUGCACCGUUGAACAUUAAGAUUUCGAGUCGUAUAAGCUAAAGCUGAUCACGUCCUUCAUCAAUGGCGUCAUGAACUUUUACGUUCGGGUUAUGUAAAGCGUGUUGAUUCUACGUCUCACCCGGCGCUGUGAUAUGUAGACAUAACAAAGCCAAUGUAUCCGUUGGUUUGGCAAUAAUUUGAACUUCAUCUUCAAGUGUUUUGUUAAAUGUGGUGAACUUUGAAGCUCAAUUCAGUCUGUUCAAUACAUAAUAGAGCUUUCCCACCUUUUAUUUGUGUAUUGUGGUAAGAUCGAUGACCUUGUCAAGUAAAUGGGUUUGGGAGCAUGGCAUCAAACUAAGACUCCCUAUUUUGGCAAGGAAUAAGAAUAGUGUAUGGCGUAUA